UGCAGCCCGGCGAGCGGAGCGUGGCCCAGGAGCGCGUCCGGGGCGGGGCCGCCGCCGUCUUCGCGAGCCGAGCCGAGCGGAGGCUCCGGAGGGAUGCGCGCGCGGGGGCCGUUGGGCGCCCGGGCCAGGCGCGGCUGAUGCUCCCGGCGGCGCGGCGGGCCCCGCUGGCAGGAGGCGGCGGCGGCGGCGGAGCGGCGGGCCGGGCCGGACCAUGAGGCUGCGCAUCUACAAGCGCAAAGUGCUGGCGCUGCUGCUGGCCCUGGGCGCCGCCGCCUGCGCCUUGGCGCUGUGGGGCGGCGCGGGCGCGGGCGCGGGCGAGGCGGCCGGCGAGGAGCCCGCGGGGCCGGCGGUGGGCGGCAGCAGCAGCAGCAGCGGCGGCAGCCCCGGGAGCCCGGCGCGCCAGGCCGGCAACGCGUCGUGGGGCCCCCCGCUGGCGGCGGCGGCGGCGGAGGGCGGCGGCAACGAGACGCUGCGGCUGCGCUCGCUGGUCUACCGGCUGAACUUCGACCAGCCGGUGCGGCACGAGGCGCUGUGGACGGGCCGGGCGCUGGGCGCGGGCGAGGCGCCGGUGGCGCUGGUGGUGCAGGUGCACGAGCGCGCCGAGCACCUCCGCCUGCUGCUGGCCUCGCUGCGCCGCGCGCCGGGCGCCGAGAAGGUGCUGCUGGUGCUGAGCCACGACGUGUGGGCGCCCGAGCUCAACGCGCUGGCCGCCGCCGUGGACUUCUGCGCCGUGCUGCAGAUCUUCUUCCCCUUCAGCCGCCAGCUCUACCCGGCCGAGUUCCCGGGCAGCGACCCGCGCGACUGCCCGCGCGACCUGGGCCAGGCCGAGGCGCUGCGCCGCGGCUGCCUCAACGCGCGCUACCCGGACGCCUUCGGCCACUACCGCGAGGCCGCCUUCGCGCAGACCAAGCACCACUGGUGGUGGAAGCUGCACUUCGCCUGGGAGCGCAUCCGCGCCCUGCGCCGCCACCCGGGCCUGCUGCUCUUCCUGGAGGAGGACCACUACCUGGCGCCCGACUUCUACGCGGUGCUGCAGCGCCUGUGGGCGCUGCGCCAGCGCGACUGCCCCGACUGCCAGCUGCUCUCGCUGGGCUCCUACGCCGCCGUGCGGGGCGGCUUCGCGCAGCGCGCCGACAAGGCCGAGCUCAAGAGCUGGAAGUCGACGGAGCACAACAUGGGCAUGGCCUUCGCGCGCGACACCUACGAGCAGCUCCUCGCCUGCACCGACGCCUUCUGCGCCUACGACGACUACAACUGGGACUGGACCCUGCAGCACCUCACCGUGCACUGCCUGCCGCGCUUCUGGAAGGUGCUGGUGCCCGAGAUCCCGCGCGUCUUCCACACCGGCGACUGCGGCAUGCACCACAAGAAGGCCUGCCGCCCGGCCGCCCAGAGUGCCAAGAUCGACGCGCUGCUCGACGCCAACCGCCAGCACCUCUUCCCCGAGGCCAUGAGCGUCAGCAAGCGCUACUCGCUGGCCCCCGUCAGCCCGCACGUCAAGAACGGCGGCUGGGGAGACAUUCGGGACCACGAACUCUGCAAAAGUUACCGGCGGCUCCAGUGAGGGACAGCGAGGGGGGAGCCGGGGCCCUGGGACGAGGCCGGGUGGGUGGGGUGGGGGUCGGCUUGGUUUCUGCUUUAAGGUGGAGGAAGCAAGAUUCUUGGGGAGAGCGUUCAAAAUAAGCCCAGACCAAGGAGGAAGGGACUGCUAUUUGUUUACUGGGGAAAUAAUUGAGUUUGGAUCCAUACCUUUUUUUUACAACGGGUUUCUGACGCUUUCAAACAUCCCCCUAAAAAGAGUUCCGUUUUUUAAAAGCAAGGCUUUUGAUAAAGGAAUGUGGCAGCUGCCCAAAGAGGACUGAAGCCCCUUGUCCCUCCCACCCCAAACUUGUUUUUUGAAUGACAGCCCUCGAUCGGCUUGGCAGUUUGGCUUCCCUUAAUCCACUUUAACAAUCGCCACCUCCAAAACAUUCAGUAUUCCACAAUCUUGUACAGGCUUGCUUGAAAUUUGGUAUCUGCAAAAGCAUUCUAUUUUCUUUGCUAUGUGCUUAUAUGGAAAAAGAAAUGAAAAUCUAUUUGUUUUCACUUUAAUGUAGAAAUAUGCAAUUUUUUUUCCAUUUCUGCCAAAAUAAAUCCAUGUUUUUGUAAUAUAAGGUUUUUAAUGGUUCGGAAAAAUCCAUCAUAUUUUAUAAAAACAAUUACAAAUUAAAGGAAGAGGUUUAAUGGAGAAAUUAUGGCUUGUUGCAAUGAUAAGAAGUUUAUUAACAACAUAGUAACAGUAU